UCGCGGGGCAGGUACGCGCGCUUGCUGCUUGCUUGCAGCUCGCUCGCGGAGGUCGGCGCUGAAGAGAGCGGGCUUCGGCGAGGCGGAGAGCGCUCUGGGGCGGGGCAGGAGAAAGUGGCCGUCCCGAGCGCCUGGCACUGACGCGCGGCGGAGCGGAAGAGUUUUGCUUUUGGUCCGCGCCUUCGAAGACUGCCCGCUGCUGGUCCAGGGGUCUCCUUGGAGCCUCCCGCCUCCUCCCGCGGCCCCGCGCCAAGCUUGCCGGCCCCAGACCUCGCGGGCCAGGUGGAGAGCGCGCCCGCCCCGCGCCCGGAGCCGCGCCCCCGAGGAGCUGGUUCAGACAAGAUGUGAAAUGGAGAAGUAUCUGACACCCCAGCUUCCUCCAGUUCCCAUAAUUCCAGAGCAUAAAAAGUAUAGACGAGACAGUGCCUCAGUGGUAGACCAGUUCUUCACUGACAGUGAAGGGUUACUGUACAGUAUCAACAUGAAUGUCUUCCUGCCUGACAUCACUCACCUGAGAACUGGCCUCUACAAAUCCCAGAGACCGUGCGUAACACACAUCAAGACAGAGCCUGUUACCAUUUUCAGCCACCAGAGUGAAACGACUGUCCCACCCCCUCCUCCGGCCCCGACCCAGGCCCUCCCCGAGUUCACCAGUAUAUUCAGCUCCCACCAGUCCACAGCUCCAGAGGUGAACAACAUUUUCAUCAAACAAGAACUUCCUACACCAGAUCUUCACCUCUCUGUCCCUCCCCAGCAGGGCCACCUGUACCAGCUCCUGAACACACCGGAUCUAGAUAUGCCCACUUCUGCAAGCCAGACGCCGGUCAUGGACACCCUUAAUGUUUCCAUGUCGGUCGCCAUGGCGGGCCUUAACACACACACCGCUGCUGUCCCGCAGACUGCGGUGAAGCCCUUCCAGGGCCUGCCCCCCUGCACAUACACCAUGCCGAGUCAGUUCCUCCCCCAGCAGCAGGCCACUUACUUCCCCCCGUCACCACCAAGCUCAGAGCCUGGAAGUCCCGAUAGACAAGCAGAGAUGCUCCAGAAUCUAACCCCUCCUCCAUCCUAUGCUGCUACAAUUGCUUCUAAGCUGGCGAUCCACAAUCCAAAUUUGCCCGCCACACUACCAGUGAACUCACCCAACAUCCAGCCUGUCAGAUACAAUAGAAGGAGUAACCCGGAUUUGGAGAAGCGCCGCAUCCACUACUGCGAUUAUCCUGGUUGCACAAAAGUUUAUACAAAGUCGUCUCAUUUAAAAGCUCACCUGAGGACUCAUACUGGCGAGAAGCCCUACAAGUGCACGUGGGAAGGCUGCGACUGGCGCUUCGCGCGCUCCGACGAGCUCACGCGCCACUACCGCAAGCACACGGGCGCCAAGCCCUUCCAGUGCGCGGUGUGCAACCGCAGCUUCUCGCGCUCCGACCACCUGGCGCUGCACAUGAAGAGGCACCAGAACUGAGCCCGCCCGCCCGCCUGCCGGCCGUGCCGCCUCGGGGAAGCCGAAGAUGCAACUGGAAAUGUAUAUUUUGUAUAUGUGAGAAAACAGGGAAUACAUUGUAUCCAUACCAAAGUGUUUGGUCCUUUUAAGAAUCUGGAAUGCUUGCUGUCGUGUACAUGGCUUCCCCCAUCAAGCAAGUGGCAUCUCAUGCCAGCGCCCCUGGUCAGGGGGCUGGGGCGGGCGGCCUGGCACAGGGGAGUGUGCUGUGGGGACUUCCUUACUGGCUUAGGCUCUGUCAGUGGAGGCAGUUGCUUAGGUACCCAGCGUUUGGGCAGUUUUCGAAUAGCCAUUGAACAAAUGUGUUUCUUUUAAAAUAUAUAUGAGUUGCCUAUAUUUGCUAUUUGAAAUUUUGUAAAUAUGCAAAUCAGCUUUAUAGGUUUAUUAGGGUUUUAAGGAUUCUUUUGGGGGGGGAAUCAUACUGCUUUUGAAAAUAACCAUGAACACGUUAGAAGUUGUGGUGAGACACCUCAGCUUUUACCAAAAUUCAUUUCUUUAGGGGGAAGGAAUAAUCAUCCAAAUGAACUUUAAAGAGCAAAUUUGAUGCACUGAUUAAGGUAGGAUUAUUUUAAAUACAAGAGUUUUAUAUGAAUUGUAAACUGAAAAGCUUAAACAUGGUUACAAUGUGCAAAAGUGAAACCUCUUGCAAGAAGCUACACAGUAUCAUUUUUAAAAGGAAGGACUUACGCAGCUGCAUGCGACAGUGCUGAACUUAGGACGCAGUCUUCAUGUGCCCAAUGUCCACUCGUGCAGUGCUGUGGGCUAGAGGGGAGUUUAUGUGGGUUUGCAUGUAAUAUACAGCAAGACACAGUAAUUUGACCUAAAUUACAGUGCGGUUUAGUUAAUCUAUUAUUGUUAAUACUGACGCAGUGUCUGCCUCUAAGUAUCCGUGGUAUGUUGGGGACUUGCGGGAGCAAGUGCUACAUAUAUGCAAUAUGAACUAGUAAUGUGCUGACACUGUUAACCAAAGGGCAGAAUAAUAAGCAAAACGCCAAAAGGGGUCUUAAUUGAAAUGAAAAUUUAAUUUUGUUUUUAAAAUAUUGUUUAUCUUUAUUUAUUUUGUGGUAAUAUAGCAAGUUUUUUUUAGAAAAACAAUUUUCAUAACUUGAUAAAUUAUAGUUUUGUUUGUUAGAAAAGUUGCUCUAAAAUGUGUAAAUAGGUGACAAAUGGUGUAAAUAAUUUUGUAAGAGGCUUAAAAUGUUUAUACGUGGAAACAGACCUACAUAAAAGCAUAAAUUGGUUGCUGUUUUGCUUCUUUUUCCCUCUUAUUUUUGUAUUGUGGUCAUUUCCUAUGCAAACAAUGGAGCAAACAGCUGUAUAGUUGUAGAAUUUUUUGAGAGAAUGAGAUGUUUAUAUAUUAAUGACAAUUUUUUUUGGAAAAUAAAAAGUGCCUAAAAGA